AUGAUACUCGACCAUGCGGCCAAGGAGGAUAUCUUGAAGCCUGGUGCACAGCGCGAGUAUGAUAAGGACAUCGAUGCGCCCGUCUAUCCUCCCAAUUCUGAGGAACCCGAUUGGCAUGGUGGUGAGCAGGUGGCCUGGUGGUUGGAUAGUAGCAGUGACCAUAAGCCUCCUGUCGCAGCCAUCUUCAUUCAUGCUGGAGCUGGUUACCAUAGCGUUACCAACGAGAGGCUUCAUCUGGACGCCUGUAGCGAUGCUGCCCGUGCCGCGAUGAAGCUUCUGAGAAUGGGUGUUCCGGCUGUCGAAGGUGUUGAGGCAGCUAUCAAGGUGCUCGAAGACAAAGAGAUUACUAAUGCAGGCUAUGGAAGCAACCUGGCCAUAGAUGGCACAGUCGAGUGUGACGCGACUCUUGUUGAUCACUUUGGCAGAAGUGGAGCAUGCGGUGCUGCACCGAAUGUAAAGAAUCCUAUCAGUCUAGCCAAGUUAAUUCUCCACGAAAGCCAGAAGCCACUGAGUCUUCGCAGGGUUCCUCCCAACCUCCUUGUUGGUAAGGGUGCCAAGGAAUUUGCGAAAGAGCAUGGAAUGCCUCUGGUACCAAACGAAUGGCUCGUCUCCAAGAAUGCAAGAGACCGGUACAAGAGAUGGAAGCAGGACCUGGAAGGUGCCAAGAAUCAACCUAUCAUGACUGCUGAGACCAGGUUUUCUCCCCCCGAACAACUGGACAAGAGCCGCGAUAAGCGAGAUCAUACCACGGCCAUCACAACAGGCACGUGUAACGAAGGACAACCUGAUUCUCCUGCCGGCCCGGGUACUCCUCUUGAGGAUAUCACAACUGCUGAGUCCGCAAGCCCUGGUCAGUCAGGCCAGUCUCAGCUGCAGAUUCCACCUAACCUGAAAUCAUCACAGAGGGUGACUGCUGAGCGAAGUCCCUUGAGCUUCCUGGGCGCUUUGACGAGUCCUAGAGCAUCCGAUCCUGAGUCCCUUGAUUCGAGUUCACCCGUGUCAAAGAAGCCCCGACGCAAGGCAGGCCUGAGUGGUGAUGCCAAAGAUGAGACGGAUAUGUAUGAUAGAGCCAGCUCGCCCACCUCUUUCACUCUCGAUCCGACCGACCAGGAUUGUCUCUUGAAGCACAUGGAGUAUCGUCAGCAUGAGGAUAGAAUCACGGACACAGUCGGUGCCAUUGCAAUCGAUCAAUGGGGCAAUAUGGCGGCUGGGUCCUCUUCUGGUGGGAUUGGCAUGAAGCAUCGCGGUCGUGUCGGCCCUGCUGCCCUAGUCGGUAUUGGCACUGCGCUUCUGCCAAUCUCAAAGGGCGUCUCCAGUCCAAACAGCACAACUGGUCGAAAGACACCCUCUGAUCAAAGAGCAGUAGCUGUCGUCACAAGCGGCACUGGAGAGCACAUGGCCAUCACCCAGGCUUCACAGAAGUGUGCCGAGCGUCUCUAUCAUUGCACCAAACGUGGACCUGAUGGCAAUGAUGUCAAUGAAGAUGAAGAGAGCGUUGUCAUGGAGAACUUCAUCGUGCAUGACUUUCAAAACCAUCCGGGUGUUCUCCGUUCACCUUCCGCCAGCGCCCUAGGUGCAAUGGCCGUUAAGCAGACUGCAAAGGGUUACUAUUUGUUCUUUGCUCAUAAUACGGACAGCUUCGCUCUGGCUAGCAUGGCGAGUAGGGAUCGACAUCCUCACUGUGUAAUGAGUCGAUUGCCCGAGGGAAGUUCAGGCGUUGCUCAAGGUGCAAAGAAGAUUUCAUCAAGCUAA